AUGGAAGUACCACUCAUGACUGCCAAACCACAAGUACUUCUAAAAUCUGCACUUGAAGUAAACAAUUCAUCCUAUUAUCAAUUACCUUUCAAACAAUUGACACAUUUUCGAGCUGUGAAUGUACGAGAUUUGGCAUCGAGUGACAUUAUUUCCACCAAUUUAGAAUUUCUAGACCUUUCAAGUAAUAAGGACUUUACGGGUACCAUUGAUUGUCAUUCUCUCAAAUAUUUAAAUAUUUCAGGAACAGCCCUCUCUGAUGUUGACAAGACCAAAAUUGUAAUGAAGAAUUCCUCUCUGGAAGAGUUGAAUUUAUCCAUGAUGGACUCUAGUGAAGCAAUUGGAAAUGCAUGGACUUUGGGAAUGUUAAAACGUUUGGAUUUAUCGUAUAAUCGUAGCGUCCAUGAUGAAAGAUUAUCAGAAAUUUUACAAUUCAUGCCCAUGUUGGAAUAUUUAAAUUUGAAAAUGUGUAAGAAUAUUCAUCAACUGCCACUCAAGAAGAAAUGCAAUCUCAAAAUAUUAUUGUUGAGUGGAACUCAAAUGAAUGAUCAAGCGUUAGUGGAAGCAACCAUGUGGACACCAGAGUUACAACGGUUGGAUGUCGAUUGUUGUGGAAUGUUGGAGAAUCCAGAAUUGUCUCAUCUUUCGAAAUUAUCAUCUCUGGAUGUGAGCGAAAACACGUCCUUUACUCUCACGACCAUUCUGAAAUUGGCCAAACAAAUUCCAUCAUUACGAAAUUUUUAUGUUCGAUGGAUUUCAAAUUUGAUUACCAAUCACACCAGUUCGAAAGAAUUAAUGGAUGCAUUUAGAAAUUUAUUAUUAUUGGAUUUGACUGGAAGUGUUACCAGUACCUGUACAGCUCUUAUUCAAUUGAUGCAUGAGUUUAAGGAUUUGACCAUUGUUUCCAAAACACCAGUUUUUAGAUGUGAUAGUGUACCAAAUCCUUUUACUGUUUUUGGAACAAAGCUAUAA